AUGGCGGCUACUGCUGAUAAGGUCGACCUGUCUGCUCCCAACGGGGGUGAAUGGCAAAUGAGUAUAGAUACGUAUCGAAGCGGCUUGAAUAUGAAAAAAGAAGAAGACUUUUUCGACUGUGAUCGCCAGUAUGUGUGUAGAAACUAUGCACCAGUGCCAGUAGUUAUCAGCAAAGGCAAAGGCGCUCGCGUGUGGGACAUCAACGGGAAUGAGUACUACGAUUUCCUUGCUGGCGUCUCGAGUCUCAGCCAAGGGCACUGUCACCCCCGUGUCGUAGCUGCGCUCUGUAGGCAAGCGACAAGGCUAACUCUCACCCUAAGAUCUUUUGGAAAUGACAUUACAGGGCCAGCAUGCAGGUUCAUGGCAGAGAUGUUUGGCUACGACCGCGUGCUCCUCAUGAACACAGGGGCCGAGGCCGGCGAGUCUGCUGUAAAGAUAGCUCGGAAGUGGGCUUACGAGGUGAAGGGCGUCCCCCAUGACUCUGCCAAGAUCAUUCUAUGCAAGAAUAAUUACUGGGGGAGGACGAUCGCGGCAUGCAGCUCAUCUACAACGUUUGAAUGUUACAACAACUUCGGUCCGUUCACCCCUGGGUUUACGCUCAUCGAUUAUGACGACCUUGAUGCAUUGGAGAAAGCACUGGAGGAUCCCCACGUCGCAGCAUUUUUUGUUGAGCCCAUCCAAGGGGAGGGCGGGGUGAACGUCCCUCAUCCAGGCUACCUAAAGCGAGCACACGACCUUUGUAAAAGCAAAAAUGUGCUGUUAAUCGCUGAUGAAAUACAAACAGGCCUAUGCCGAACAGGCCGGCGUCUUGCCGUAGAUCACGACGGGGUGCAUCCAGAUAUUCUACUGUUGGGCAAGAGUCUGAGCGCUGGUGUGGUGCCGAUUAGCGCGGUGAUGGGGAGCGCCCAGGUCAUUGAUGUGUUGACGCCCGCAACACACGGCAGCACUUUCGGUGGCAAUCCGCUUGCAUGCGCUGUGGCAGUCGAGGCUCUAAGCGUUCUUCGAGACGAGAAUCUUGCUGAGAGAGCCGAAAGACUGGGAAUCAAAUUCAGAGACCGAGUGACGAAGGAACUGCAAGGGCGUGUGCCAUGGAUUAAGGAAAUUCGGGGGAAAGGUUUAUUAAAUGCCAUCGAAGUUGACUCUGACUUGGUCAACCCUAAUGACAUUGUAAUGAAGCUGAAGGAAAAUGGCAUCUUGUCGAAGCCGACAAGAGUAAAGGUUCUUCGUUUCAUUCCUCCUUUGGUGAUUACGGAUGAUGAGCACGAGGACGCGACAGCCAAAAUCAUUAAGUCAUUCCUUGCUGUCGACGAAGAGCGUCGGAAGUGA